GGCCAUUGCUUAUAAGGAUUUAUCACUUAAUCGGAUUCACCAAACAGACGAUAACUGAAAGCAGCUUGCCUCACACUUGCUUAAGCGCUGGAUUCUGUUUGUAAACAAGAUAUCAUCAGUGAACUUUUCAGUAAUGGAACUGGCGAUAUGGAACAGAGCAAUAUUAACAGUGGUGUGUGUGAGCCAGUUACUUGUCAUAGAGAGUCACGCCAAAGGAAUCACAGAAGAGCUUCCAAGUCAAAGAUUGAAAAGAAUAUUUAUAAUACCUCCAUCAGCACCAGAUGAGCCUCCGCCAUGCAGAAAACUAGACGAACGAUGCUAUUUUGAUGCAUCGUGCUGCGGUAAUUUAAAGUGUCGAUCAAGAGAGAUCUACCGUAUUAUGGACAAAUCAAAAGGGGUUCUCAAGUCGUGGGUAUUUGAAUGCAAAGUAUACGAGGUACCACAGGAACCUAUUCGUCAUUAUUCUUAAUCUGAACACAAAGAAGUCAAUCACAUUGUACAAACAAA